AGGCAACUGGGCGAGCGGGUUGAGGGUUCUGGAGCCCAAGCACUCCACGCCGUCUGUAAAGAGAGUGUGUGAGAGAGAGAGAGAGAGUGAGAGUGAGAGUGAGUGAGCGAGAGAGCCAGUGAGCAAGGGAAGGACAUUGCUGUGGAAGUAGGCGAGCGGACAGGGAGAGUUGCAGGUCGUGAAGCCACCCACAGACAAGCCCGUCACCAUCAACCACAUCCCCUUCCUCGGCUAGUUGGAAACCAAUAGAGCGACAGGAACAGGGCCAGGACCAAGGACAGGAGAUCGGACCAGGAACAGGAACACGCGACACGCGAGACGCGACAAGCCGACAAGAACAGGCGAGACAGACCAGAUUUCCCGACCUUGCAUGCAGGCCUCGGGAACGCUCUUUGUCAAGACCAGUGGCCUCUUCACCACAUGGAAAAAGUGUGAUGCCUUUCUCAGAGGCUCCAUUCUGAGGCUGGCGCCCACAAAGAGCUCAGAUAUCGGCAGCGACAUACUCGUCCACAUGCCAGACUACAGCGUGACCGCCAUCGUCGGCCGGCCGCAGGGUGGAAAGACCAAACACAAGGACUGUGCCUUUCGUUUGGCCCUCGCCAACGCGAGCAUCGAGUGCGACGAGGCGUCCGAAGCUCCCGGAGGCACCAUCGCCCACUUUGUCGAGUCUGAGGCUGAGAUUGUUGCUGCAGCCGCCACCAAAGCCGACGCCGCCCGCUGGAUCGCCAUCCUCAGGGUUGCCAUGCGUGGCCUUCCACACACGCCGCGGACAAGCGAUGAGGGCAUGUCAAUCGUCACGACUCCGCGGCGCAAGCUGUCGACCGCCUCGACGCCGGUUCCGCCGGCGAACGUUGUUGCUCCAGCCAAGGGCUGGCGUGUUCAGGCGCCGCUGCCCCCGGCGUCCGACUCAGACUUUCAGUGCACGGCUUACAACGUGGUCGAGGAGAACCCCAAGGCCCUGCUCGGCUGGUACCGCAAGUACUUUCUCGACGCACCACACGCUAACUUUAUCGCCGAUCUCGGCUCCAAGCUGGGCGUCCACGUGGUCUCGGUCAUGCGCUCUAGCGCCGGCGGCAAGGCCAACUGCGACAUUCGCGCAAUUGUGUGGUCGCGGACCGAGACCCAGCCGUUUGUCCUCCAUGCGCCCGACGGGUUCAAGACGUUCAAGAAAGACCUACGCUACGUGCUUGCCACCUAUGAUCCGUCGGGCCUCUUUAAGAAGCGCAGUAAGUUCAAAUGCGUGGUUGGCCCGGGCAUGGUCGCCGCCCUCGUCGGUCUGGAAGAUUCGCACUUUAAGACCCACGCCAAGAUUGGCCUUGUCUACGCUCGCCAGGGCCAGACUGAUGAGGCCGACAUGCUUGCCAAUGACGUCGAUGAGCCCAACGGGGCCGACUUUGCCUUUGAGUCGUUCCUCAACAUGCUCGGAACACGUGUCGAGCUCUCGGGCUGGGACGGCUUCCGCGCUGGCCUCGACACAGUUGAUGGCGGGACCGGCACGUCGUCGGUCUACGCCCGCGUCCAAGACAAGGACAUCAUGUUCCACGUCUCGACCAUGCUUCCGCAUGACCGUGAGGAUUCAGGCCAGUUUGUCCAGCGCAAGCGCCACAUCGGCAACGACAUCUCCGCCAUUGUCUUUGUCGACGGCACCACCCCGUAUGCACCCGACACUAUCAAGUGCCAAUUUCUUCACGUCUACGCUGUCGUCCAGCCCGAUGAGGCCAACAAUGGCAUCUACCGUGUCCAGUUUACCCACCAGGCCGUCAUGAACUCGUUCGGCCCGCUUCUCGCUACCGACGCGUUUCCGGCCUCGCCAGCCUUUGCCCACGCCCUCCUCACCAACAUGCUCAACGGCAUCUCGUCGGCGCUCACCACCGCACCCGACUUUGCUCUCAAGGCCAAACGGACCGAUCAAAUCCUUCUCGACGCCAUUUACGACAAGGUCAAGUCUAAGGUGACCGGCUUUGAGACCGGCCCGUCGGCCGGUGUCGCCGCCUCGCUCAUCGCCUCGCUCAUCCCGGCCGAGCACAAGCCGAGCGAGACCGGGCCGCGCCGCAGCGCAGUCCCGCCGCUCGCUGAAAGCUUUGACGCCCUCGCGGUCUUUGACGUUGCUUCGGUCAUCGAGAACAUCGGCUCGCACGUGACUGCAUGGGACCACUGGGAUGUCAAGUACGUGUACUCGGAUGCCAAGGCGGUGUAUCUCGCCGAUGCAUCGGCCGCGCCGCCGGUCCAAUUUGCGAGCGAGCCGGCGGCCCAGAUUGUGGUCAUCGCCGACAUCAAGCUGUGUAUCCUCCGCUUCUCAAACCCGCGCCUCAAGGUCUCGUUCCUCUUCCUCGACUCGAUUGGCGAGUGGAUGAUGCGUGGCGUUCCGGGGACCAAGCGUGCGUCAGCCAUUGCGGUGGCCAAGGUCGGGUCCAGCUACCGGCUCGCCGUUGCGCUGCGGUCGGCCGUCAAGCUCUUCAACUGGCGCAACCAGGAGUGGGUUCCGCAUCAUUUCUCGGUAGCGCUCGCCGCGCCGCCGGUCUCGAUGAACUUCCGCAUCGGUGGCGAGCUUGCGCUCGUUCUCGAAGACUCGCUGGUGACAGUCGAUCCAGAAACCGGGAGCUCGGUUGUUCUCGAGGUUUGUGAGUCACGUGUUGCCACUGGCGCUGUACUUGACGUCUCGCUGGAUGGGCCUGGCUCGCAUCUGGCGCUCAUGCAGAACAUGCACGGUGCGCUUGCAGUGGCGGCCACAGGAAAGCUCGCACUCCCGCGUGUCACUUUUGCGUGGACCUGCAUGCCGCACACAUUUGCCGCUAUCGACUACUACGUUCUCGGCAUCGCCGCAACUUUCAUCGAGGUCCGGUCGGCCCGCAACGGCGCGCUUGUCCAGGUCAUCGAGCUCCCGCCGCCGAUCCGGGUCGUCUCGCUCAAGGAUGGUGUAUUUGUGGCGUCGGGCGUCGGCAUCAGCUCGUGCGUCCACCACAUUGUGCCGGCACCGAUCCCCGAAAACGUCGUCACGUCGCCGGUCUUCUCGCUUGCGCGCAAGAACGCUGACAACCAGUUUGCCACGCGCUUUGCCCGCGCCCGCCGCUCCGGUAAGCGUGGGGCAUCCGUCGUCUCGCUUUCGCUCAACAGAACGCGCUCCAUGAUGAGAGACACCGGCUCCGACAGCAUGUCCGCGAUCUCGGAGAGUCGCUCGGACAUUGCCGGCUCAUCGCGCCAAGGAGCGAAGAACGUGCCGCAGAUUCGCCUCCGGCCGAACAACUCGGCCGAGUUUCGCCGUUCCUCGCUGCCGUCGCGCGACUCGGUCCGUGACAUGUCCAGUUCGUCCAGCUCGUCCAGUUCGUCAAGCUCGACAUCGUCCUACACAUCGUCGUACUUGAUGACUGCAGCUGAGGAUGUCUCGUCGUCGGAGCACUCGCCCAACGGUACCGAGUCUGGCCUCUCGUCGAUGUCGUCGACAGCCUCGCUUGUCAUCAUCGAUGAGAAGCCGCCGCUCAAGUCGCGGGCGUCACGCGCGCCGCGCACGCGCCAUCGCGCCCCCGCCGAGAUUCCUGGCGACACUGCGCUUACCACCUCGUCCUUGGAUCUCCGCCGCUCACUCCUCUCGCGCAGCUCACGGGUCAAGGCGCGGCUGGCCGCCCUCGACCGGCACGAGUCGGGCCAGAUCUACGAGCCCAACGGCGACACAGCCGAUGAGGCCUCGUCAAGUAGCAGCUCGUCAUCAUCGUACCCGAUCUCCGCAUCGGCGUCGAACUCGGGCUCGGACUCUGUGGGUGAUGCUGCCGAAAGCUCGUCCAGCUCGUCCGACACGCACCAGGCUGGCUUUCUUGCCCGCCAAUCGUCGACCCAAGAGUUCUGGGCGAGCUCCGAGAUCGGUAUGGCCGCCGCUACCAGUCCGGGCGCGAAACGCCGCCAGAUUUCGGUCCGCAAGAAGCGGCCCAAGUCCUCGCUCCACGCCCUCGCCUUCAAGAACCUGGCGCGCAAGGGAGGUCGAACCAUGCCGCGCAAGGGCAAGAAGAUCGACGGCGGCGGUAAGGCGCAGCAAACUCGUGUCCGCACCGCCUCGCCGCUCGCCUUCGGAUCGUCCGCCGCGUCAUCAUCUUCGGGUGGACCCAUUGCCUCGGGUCUACCAGCCGCCUCUGCAGCGUCGCCGACUGCCGCCUCGGAUUCGAGCCUCGGCUCGGGUUCGGGAUCAGGAUCGGGCACAAGCUCGGGUGUGGACUCGAGCUCGGGUUCAGGCUCGGCCUCGGGUCCGGGCUCGGCCUCGGGUGUGCACUCGAGCUCGGGUCCGGGCCCGGGCUCGGGUCCGGGUCCGGGCUUGGGAUCGGACUUGAAAUCUUAGUUUGCGUUGUCUGCCGUCUCCUGUGCGUGGAUUUAAAUCCGCCAGUCCCCCCG